AUGUCAAGGGUAAAACUGUAUUUUAGAGAAGAAAACACAGAUGAGUCUACGGCGUCAGACGUGUCGGCAAACGAUGCGACACGAAGAGGAAAUGAUUACGGAACCGUAAAUUCCAAUCCAGUUACCACACAACAGUUGGUACUUAUACAUCGGGCGUAUUCACAAUUCGCGUUUUACGACAAAAGGCUCUUCGAUCUCUUUUUCAGACAGAUGGUUUUGCUAGGCAAUAAAUUGAAACCGUUGGAGAUAGUUAUCAUUGCGAAUUCAAUGGGUAAAUCAAAGCUUCAUAACCAGGCCGUUGUCGACCUUCUAUGCAAAAGGGUUAUCGCACAGAAAUCGGGGUUCACGAUGGACAUGAUUGCUGUUUUUUUACAUGGCAUAUGUGUCCCCCGCGAUAAUAAUAAUAAUAGGGAAUUUUUCACAAAAAUCUUUGAAGCUAUCAUUGAGAAUACUUUCGAAGGCGAAAUAAAUGCAAAGCAUUGCCUGACAAUGCUACAGAUUAUGACAAAGGUUAAACCGGCACAAGACACCUGUGUAACGUUUUUCGUAAAUAGGCUCCUGGAUCUUCGUGACGAGCUAAGCGGACUUGAAACGGCGAACGCUGUGGCAUACAUUACGAAAUUGGACGCUAACUAUGCGCAUUUAAGCGCAUUUGUCGAAAGAUACAUCGACAGAUACGACAAGGAUGAUGCGAUACGAAACGCCCAGCAUCUGGUCAUAUUGUUCUACGCACUCUCCAGGGCGGAAGGAGACACAUUUGACAAAUAUCGCAAUACUUUAUUGGAACUGCUGCACGAGAUCCCAACGAAAUACUACGAUCCCAUGCAAGUCGCCAACAUUCUUAGGGUAAUGGCAACACGUAAAAUACACGACGUACGGUUACUAUCGGAGCUGUCACGAUAUGUGGAGAUCAAGAUGCAAACGAGCUCACGGUUAUCACGACUGAGAUGUUGUCACGCCUUUGUCAAUACGGUAUGUUUUGGAUGCGAUGUUAAUUGUGCGCUACAUUAG